UUGUUUACUAUGUUGUUGUUUAUCUAUGAAAAAUAUUAUUCAAGCUAGUUCUAUAAAUCAACUCAGUAAAUUUAGAAGUGAAGUUUUAAAAAACAAUAAUGAAAGUUAGGCGUACAAAAAGAUUUUCGGUUACUACACCGUGGUUUGGAAGACCGUAUGUGAACGUUCUUCACGGAGCAUCUGUACGAUCCCAAAUAAACACAAGGAGAUUUGAAAACGACACACAAGUUGCGACUGCAGAAUUGUCUGAAAGUUCUCGAGAAUCCACACUGCCGGACGAUUUAAACCCAGAGCAUAAUGUUAUGUAUAAUUCAUCUGGCGAAUCACAACAGAUCGAGACUGGCUUUGAUCAUUUGUCUUCUGGAUCAUUGGAUUCUGAACAAAAUUCAGGUAGAAGCAACUUUGGUAGCAACAUUUUUUUCCACGAGGACUACUCUGGAAACUACAAUCGUCCUUUUGAAGUUAACUCGACGUUGCAGUUGUUUGACGUUCUUUUUAUGCUUCUCAAUUUUUAUGUGCGUCAUAUGCCAACGCAACAAGCAAUUGAAGAUCUUCUGCGAAUGAUGAAUAUUAUAACAGGCCAAAAAUUAUUUCCCGAAUCAUUUGCUGGAUUCAUGGCAGUAUUUCCAGAUUCAUACGAUAUGGAAAGAAUAUAUUUCUGCAAAAGAUGUCGCUACCGAUAUGGAAAAAAUGAACCUACUGUAACCGUUUGUCCUGUAACUGACUGCAAUUCGAAAGAAAUUGAUUUUUUUUGCGAGAUUCCCAUUAAAGCGCCAAAUUCGUGAGGUUGUAGUUAAAUACAAAAGCGAAAUCCAUGAUUAUGGAGAAGAACUAAAAAAAUUCCACCAUCAGAGAUGUCAAGAAUGGUCAAAUUGUACAGCAAAUAACUAAUGACGAACAGGAAAAAAUCAUAACAUUAUCUGCUAAUACAGACGGUGCUGUAAGCUAUGAAUGUACCACAAAAAUGCCGUUCUACCCAGUUUUUGUUGUAGUAAAUGAUUUGCCUCCAAGAAUUCGCUUCAGCAAAGAGAAUCUAUUAGUUGCUGCACUGUGGAUGUCCAGAGCAGGAGAACCUUCGAUGUCACUAUUGUUUCAUGAAUUUUGCUUGGAAUUGCGAGAGUUGAUGGAGGGCAUGUUGAUUGAUGGAGAAAUGUAUAAAAUUGUUCUCGUUCAGUGUUGUUCAGAUUCAGUGUGUCGCUGCAAAUUACAAAACAGUAAACAAUUCAAUGGCUACUUUGGAUGCUCUUUUGUCUACACCCGGGGCAAAACAUCCAAGGGCAAGUUCGUUACCCUUUUCAAAACGAUGUCGAAUUGCGGAACAAUGAAAGCACAAGAGAGCAUAUGAUUGAGGCACGUCGACAGCAAAAGGAUGUAUUUGGCAUGAAAGGAAUGUCCGUUUUUACGACCAUUCCAAACUUCGACGUAGUUUUUGGUCUACCACUUGAUCAUAUGCAUGCUGCAUUGCUUGGAGUGACACGGCACAUUUGGAAUCUGAUUAUGAAAAGUGAUGUUGGAACAUAUCGGCAAAUUAUCGAGGAAAGGUACUUAAAUAUUAAGUUUCCCAGUUCAUUUUCCCGACAACCAAGAAAAUUUGAAGAAGAAGCCAAGUUUAAGGCUUCAGAAUGGGAACAUAUCGCUCUUUAUUGCUUUUAUCCUUGUUUUUAUGGAUUUUUAACAGAAGAUCGGUUGAAGCAUUUCAUGUAUUUUUCGUCCAGCCUAUUCACGUUACUCGAGUUUAGAAUAUCAAAUGAAAAUUUGAACAGAUGUGACAUUUGGUUAAAAAAGUUUUGUGCUCGAUUUGGAUCACUUUAUGGGGAAAUCAAUGAGACUUUUAAUGUUCAUUUAAUGACUCACAUGGUAGAGACAGUCCGAAAACAGGGCGCACUAUGGAACUUUUCAUUAUUUCCCUAUGAGAAUGGUAAUGGAAUUUUACUUAAAUAUAGAACAGGAAAUAACAAGCCAGUGCUACAAAUAGCGAAAAAAUAUGCGCUUAAGAAAUCAUGCCACUCUAUUCCGAUUCCUUACAACUCUCCCAUAAAAAAAUGGAUUGAUGAAAUUUGGCGUGGUAAAAAAAUGUCAAACCUACUGUUUAAUGAACAUUUGAGAUUCGUCAUACAAAACGAGCAGUUUGAAGAUGGUAUUAUAAGCAGAGAAUUUAGCUACCAUUCAAAAAUGACAUAUCAUGGUAUUCAAUACUGCACUAAAACAUAUUGUGAAGAUUUCAGAUAUGACGACUCAUACAUUAACAUAAAUGAUAAGUUUAUAAGAAUAACGUGUAUAUUAACAGAUAGGGAGAAUAGCAUAUUUGUAGUAGGGAGAGUGUUGAAAACAAAAUCAAUAUUUCCGAAUUUAUACAUAUACAAAGAAACUAAUCAAAAAUUGGUAGUCAAAUUGAAUGAUUCGAUAAGGCAAUGCAUAAGCAUCACAGUAGAGGUCGAUAAUGAAUCUUUGAACUGCAUUUGUGUUUGUAAAUUUAGUCCUUUUGUAGAAUAAAUCCUUUUUAUAAGU